GUAAACUAUUAGUAUAUGGUGGCACUUGCAGCGUGGAUUUUGAUGGCGAUUUAGCGCAACACCGAGGCAUUUGUUGACACAGAGAGAGGUGGUGACUCGUUUGCUGUGAAAGGUUCACUAAGGCUGUGAGAGGUGACAAGUGCGACGCAGGACUGGUGACAGGGACUCAGGCGGGGGUCCAGGCUGCAGUCUGCUGCUCUACACCCGACAUUGUCAACUUGUGUUUCGUUUGCAGGUGAUCUGGUAUGCACUCUGAUGCAGGCGUUCGGAUGGAAAAGGAAGAAGGCUGGGUUAUCUAAACCUCGACCCUCAGUCUUCUCAGGAGAGAAUGCUGAAGGCAAGGACGAAAGCAAGGAUUCAGACGUUGACUGGUUGACAGCAACAAAGCGGCCCAAGGUGCUGCAGUUAGAGGAUGUCAAGACCAAAGCCCGGAGACUUAGUAACGAAGGAGUGACACUUGCCGAGGCUGAACGAUGGUGGGCAGCCAUUGGCAGGUGGAGUGCCGCUCUUGCCCUCACACCAGACGAUCAUACAAUUCAUGAAAUGAUGUCGCAGGCAUAUAUACAGGUCGGUGAGGUGUUUCCCGCACUAAGAUCAGCAGAAGAAGCUGUGAAGCUAUCGCCAAAUUGGUGGGUAGGACUGCAGACGCUUGGCAGAGCACAACUUGGCUUAGGGGAAGUAGCCGAGGCCGUCAAAACCUUUUCACGAGCUGUACACAUUUGUCCGGACCAGCAGGAGCUAUGGCGUGAAGAUCUGCAGUGGGCUGUUGGACUUCUGAAAAAGUAUCAAGAAAUUGGAGCCGAAAGAGAAAAAGCAAAGGCAGCUGCAAAAGAAAGUGGAGUAACAAUUACCGAACUUCCUUUGCCAUCUAUCGAGGGAUCCAUAAGGGAGAAAUCUAUUCAGUUGUAUCAAAUACAGAAGCAAAGAGAAGCUGCCGAAGCAGGAGAUCCAACAAUUCUUGAAAGAGGGAAGAAUAUCGACUUGUCGAAGAUGGUGAGAAUGAGAGUGACUUAAGUGUGAUUUCCUGAAAUUUUGCCCAUAAUGCAUUUGAAAUUUGUCAUCAACAGUUUUGAUAUUGACUUCAUAUGAACAAUCAGAACUUGGAUUGUUAUGUGCGCGCGCACUCGGACCCCAUUUACCUACCAAUACUUCAGGAAUCGCUUCUUCAGUGUGCAUUUUUUGACCAAGUUGGCCAUCUACUUAAAACUUGUAUUCAGUGUUACAGCAUGAAACAAUGCCUAACUUGAGAAUGCUAUGCCCAUGUCAAGCACAAUGUGUGGCUAGGGGGGGAGGGGGGGGAUAAUAUAGCACAAUGAGUGUGUUGUCAAUGCAUGCACCAAAGUUAUGUGAAAGUGCCUGAAGAUGAGUCUUCAUCAAGCAAUGAACAAUAGGGAUAGUCUUCUUUAAUACGAGUGGAUUCAAACUUUCUAUGAAGGGAAUAUGGCUUACUGUGGAUUUUGUGCAGUUGGUUAAGGAGCUUAAGAAUUAAUAUUUACAGAGAUUUUAUAAAUAGUGAUUAGGUGUUCUAGGCAGUGGUAUUUAUUCUAUUUUGGUUUAAUACCCUGAAUAAUAUAUACUCUAUAGGUAUCGUGUGUGUGACAAUUCUCGAGAAUGAUGUAUAAUCGAGUUGCUCCGCUUUCUUAGAGUUUAACCCUUAGACCACACAAUACAUACAUGAUUUGACAAUAAUUUAAGGUAAGUUUUUAAAACUUGCAUAAACACUUUCCAAUUUUAUUUGCAUAAUAAACUAGGCAAAUGCUCCAACUUUUGUCUAAAUGAUCACAGUGUAACUUGAAAAACCAGAGAAUCAAAAUUAAUUUUAAAAUUGAAUAUUGAAAACUUCAGAUUUUCAAUUCAGAAUAAAAAAUAUGAACCAUCAUUAACUGUUGAUUUAAUAUUAUUCUCUCAGAAUAGCAUAUGAUUUGCAUUAAAUUAAAAUAUAGGUUUUUAGUAUAGUUUACAGUAAAAUAAAUCGUCAAUAGGACCUUUGAAAUACAUGUAUGCUGCAAAUUUAAACCAAAAAAAGUUAACUCCAAAUGUAUAAAGUUUAUGAAAAAUCCAUUAUGAUGGGAUUGUAGAACAG